GGCUGCACGCCGACCUUUCAAAGAAAUUUGCGCGCGCGAAAUUUUGUUUGUUUCGUAGAUUUAACUGUUUUAGAGAGAGGAAUUAUGUUGACGCCUUGAAACUUUUAAGAUUCCGAUGUACUAAAAAAAGACACAGAACAAGAAAAAGAAAUUCAAGAAGAUAAUUUUGAUCAGAACUGUACGAGACAAGACGAUCCAUUGGAUCUUUAUAAGCAGAAAGAGCCCAUAGACGCCGAUGGUCGAAGUCCUUAUAUUCCAGGUAAUUUAACGGAAGAAGACAAGAGACAUGAAAGUUACGAUUCGCUUGUGAAAGACGCAGUUAAUCAGUUACACGGUCAACAAGAAGAAAAAACUGAAACAUUCUGGAGAAAAGUCGCUGAAAACGCAAAGAAAAAUGAGCAAGCCGUGGAAGAAAUGAAAUACGAGAGAAAAGAUCAAACUCCAAAAUUACCACAAGUAGACGUCACUCAAAAUUUUCAGUUUGCUAAAAAGAUGCAUGUCGGCAAUUUGGAGCACCAACCACUACCUGACACAUUAGGAUACAGAAAUUUAACAAAAAUCGGGGAACACAGAGGCUCCGAUAUUAUUGUCAAGCCGUAUGCGAUUGGCUGGAAAGGAUAUGGAGCAUCAGGUCCUACCUGCUGCACAAAAAUGCGCGUCCACAGACCAAAAACAUGUGAUCCUAAGAAGGGUGAAAGUGAAAAAGACGAAAAUAAACAGCGACCGUCGACUUCUGCUCCCGAUUUAGGGGGUCAGUACAAAAAACCUAUGUCACUCAUGGAUUUAGCGAUUUGUUGGGAUUUUAGAGCAGACGAUCCCAUAAAAGAGCCAAAACCACCCAAACAUAUUGAUGGUUCGAACGGGUCUAAAGCUCCAGCAGUGUUCACAAUGGUUCAUACCCCGAAGGAAGAAUUCGAGGAAAAAACAGGCCAUUCGAACCCAAUUUUCAAUCAAAAUCGGAUAGUGGAAGAUGUCGGACGCCAUUCUGUACCAUACUUCGAAAGAGACAUCACAAAAGAAAAACGAAAGAAUUCAUGUGACGUUCAGCAUUGUCCUCGGCAUACUAGUGCUGAUAAGAAUUCAAGAUCUGGAUCUUUGAGUAGAAGAAAUUCCAGUAAUUCUGCAAAAAAAUCACAAUGUGACGGAGUUCAUGGCUGUGGGACUCCUAGCGAUUCGACUCGUAAAGGAAAGGGUGAGGACAGACCAGAUAAAUUGCAACCCAUUAGAGACGCAUGGAAAGAUGAUUUAAAGUACGGUAGUGAAGUCCAUUCUAAUAAGAACAGUUUGGAGCCGUACGAGAAGACGCCAUUAGCUCAAGGUAAACUAAACCACAGUUCAUCAAAUGAUUCACAUAUAACCAAAGCGAAAGACUGCGACAAUUCUAGUGGCAGUUUAAAACAUAAGCAUUGUUUAUCUUGCAACGGAACAAAGAUACCUUCGGAAAUAAAACAAAAGGAAGAUUACAAAUUCGCAUUCAAAGCAGGCAAUCCUAACUCUGUUAAAAGUGUGAGCACAUCUAUAGAUUCAAAAGGAUUCAAGAUACCGAAGAUGCGUCAUCCGUAUACAAAAAAAUCGUAUACCAUACCGACGCUCGCGCCUCCGUUUAGUAUCUGGAGGGAUGCUAAUGCAACGGGUUACCCGGAGCACUGGAGACUUGCAAGCGUUUACCAGCACGCCUACAAACCGCCCGAGCAACGUCGCAAACCACUCAUAGAUAGCGUUUUUCAAUGACCAAUUCAAGCUUUAGGGG